CUCAAAUGGCUACGCAGCUAUCAGGAAAAAGGAUGAGCGGGUUCUCUCUGGUGGGUGAAGAGAUUGUACAAAAUAUACUCUCAAGGUUACCGGCUUUGACCUUUGCGUAUGCUGCCUGCGUUGAUAAACGCUGGUACAAAAUAUGCAGCCAAAUACUCAAAAGGCCUAAGCUUGCUUCAGCUCUCUCCCUCAACCCUUCUCUCCAUGAUGCUGUGAAAGAGGUCAUUGAGCAGGUUCUCGCUGAGCCUAUUCGUCCACACUUUGCUAUUGCCUGCAUUAGCAAAGAGUACAACUUGGAACUGGCUCAUGGACUGAUAAUUGAAAAACUGGGUUCAAGAAUCCCAAUAAUUACUAAUGUUUCCAGUGGGAUCAUUGGUGUCGAUGGCAUUGCUAAUGAACUGUUUGAGGAAAAAUGGGAAACAACUUCCGGUCCUAAUAUCCAAGAAUCAGAUACAGCUGAAAGAGGACUAGUUCUGCUCGUUGGAUUUUUACCUGGACUUAAAAUUGGCACCAUUCCGCUGUUACAACCGAGACAGGAAUCCAAUACAUUGGUUGACAAAUUUGUGAUGGAUAUUUUACAUUACACAGCUGCUGUUUCAGAUUGUGCAGCCCCUGCUGGGAUCAUAAUGUUUGGAGACAAAACCACUGACAUGAAACCUAUUGUUGCAAAGAUGGAUUGUGCUAUGCCAGAAGAAACAGUCAUUGUAGGCGAUGCAAGUGCCGACUUCAUUUUCAGAACUGGGGAUGAUUCUUUAAAUCAACUCGUGUAUACAUGCUGCUUUCAAGCUGUUGCUCUUGUAUUUGCAAGGGAUAGAUACAAGCCUGAAGGUUUAGGAGAAAUUCAAUUCCACGUCACAAAGUCAACAGGUGUACUACCAUUUGGUCCCGAGCUAAAGGCAGUUUGUGUUGUACCAAAAGAUUCAGAGCGUUCAUGUCUGUUUGCAAGAUUGGAAGGACAGGAUGGCAUUAUGGCUGCCGGGGAGAUUUUAAACGAAAUCGAACAACAGUUUAGGGAAGCAGAUAUGUUUGCUGAUCUUUACAUUGGUGUCACCAAAGAAACUCAUCGCACCAGUGAUUCGGGGAUUUUGACACCAGGAAAAUCUUUGGAUUUCUACAAAGUCAUAGGAGGAGGAGAAUAUUACUUUACUGUCAAUGGUAUCGGCAUCAGAACUGGUGAUUCCUUCCUAUUCUACCAGUCAGAUUCGGCUACUGCUUCAUCAUCAUGUGACCAUGCCUUCAAAAAACUUCUAGCUCUGAAGGCAGAACUGAAAAGCAAAAAUUAUCUUCGUUUGAGCAAUUUAGCUGACAAGGACGAUAAGGAAGAAGUGCUUGGUGGUUUCAUUUUCUCUUGCUAUCAUCGCGGUGAGUCAUUCUUCGGAGACACUUUUGUUGAUAGCUACCCAUUCUGCAACAACUUUCCUACAGCUCCAGUAGCAGGAUUAUUCUGCAGAGGAGAAAUAGGAAGGGGCCCCAAAAGCUUGAUGAACGAAGAAUAUGAAGACGAAACCUCCCCUCGAUGCCGCGUCCAUGUUUACAGCACAAUAUAUUUGGUUAUGUCAUAUCUUCCACCACCUUUAGAGAGUUAAUAUCUAUGAGGAGACAAGCAUGAAGCAAUUCUGUAACAGUGAAAAGAAUUGCAAAUGUAUCGCUGGGACUA